UGUUGGUUCGCGUACGAAAUCUUCUUUGGUCUUAAAUUUGUGUUUUAUAUUUCCCUAUUUCAGAUCAAUCAAGAAAUUAAAUGUCGGCAUAGUAUAAACUAACGUUACAGCAUCGUUUCAGAUCACUUUUGGGUGAUGGCGAACGGCCAGCGCAACUUCAGGCUCAGGAAUUAAUCAUGCUAUGUUAAUAUCACUGUAACGGUGGCAAAGUUGCAGUGGAUACAGUUAGCUUGGUUGCCGACAAACCCUGGACAAUCUGACUCCCACAAGAAGCUGUCAACUCGGCGAAGUUAGUGAUGUGUAGCCGUGACCGUUAUUCUAGUCCACCACUCUAUUUUCUACUUUCCUAGUUUUCCAUUGUAUGGCAUCAGUUCAAAGCUAGCGAUUCUAAUCUACUCCGAAGACGCUGGGAGUAGUUUUGAAGCAUGUGACGCGGAGCCACUGGAAUGUGGCAGCACACGGCGGAGGAAGACUCCCCAACACUGCGGCCACGCCGCAUCCAAAACCAGAAUGUGGUCUACCGACUGGAGCAGCGGCGGAUCAGUUCCGGCCCGCCCGGGGCCCACUGGUACCGCGUCCGCAUCUUUCACCAGAACCUCUUCCCCAACUUCACAGUGGUCAAUGUGGAGAAGCCCCCUUGCUUCCUGCGGAAGUUCUCACCUGAUGGACGCUGGUUCAUUGCCUUUUCGUCUGACCAGACAUCCCUGGAGAUCUAUGAGUACCAGGGUUGCCAGGCGGCACAGGACCUGCUUCAAGGCCAGGAGGGCGAGACGCUGGCCAACCAGGCGGGCAGCGGCGGUGGUGACCACCACCAGGGGGCCUCGCUGGGUGUGCGCGGCCGCAUCUUCGAGCGCUUCUUCUGCCUGGCGCACGUCACCAACGUGGCGUCCAACGGCGAGCACCUGAACCGCGAGUGCAGCCUCUUCACGGAUGACUGCCGCUACGUCAUCGUGGGCUCCGCCGCCUACCUGCCCGAGGAGCCGCACCCGCACUUCUUCGAGGUCUACCGCAACAACGAGUCGGUCACGCCCAACCCGCGCGUGCCCUUGGAGGACUACUCGUUGCACAUCAUCGACCUGCACACGGGACGCCUGUGCGACACGCGCACCUUCAAGUGCGACAAGAUCAUCCUCUCACACAACCAGGGGCUGUAUCUGUACCGCAACAUACUGGCCGUGCUGUCAGUGCAGCAGCAGACCAUUCACGUCUUCCAGGUGACGGGCGAGGGCACAUUCCUGGACGUACGCACCAUCGGCCGCUUCUGCUACGAGGACGACCUGCUCAUGGUGUCGGCCGUCUCGGACGGACCAGCCCCGAGUACCGCAGCGUCGGCAGCGACGGGGGUGACGAUGACUGAGGGACAGGGACAGCAGCCAGCAGGACAGCAUUCACAGCCUCAGCAGCCAGCAGGCCAGCAGCAGCAGCCGGGCUUCUCGCGCCUCUACAAGGAGAAGAGCAUCAGCUCGCUCAAGCACCGGCUGCUGGUGUUCCUGUGGCGGCGCGCAGAGCAGGACGGCAGCGCGCUGGCCAAGCGCCGCUUCUUCCAGUACUUCGACCAGCUGCGGCAGCUGCGCAUGUGGAAGAUGCAGCUGCUGGACGAGCAGCACCUCUUCAUCAAGUACACCAGCGAGGACGUGGUCACCAUGCGCGUCAGCGACCCCACACAGCCUUCCUUCUUCGUGGUGUACAACAUGGUGUCCACGGAGGUGCUGGCGGUGUUUGAGAACACCUCGGACCAGCUGCUGGAGCUCUUUGAGAACUUCUGCGACCUGUUCCGCAACGCCACGCUACACAGCGAGGCCGUCCAGUUCCCCUGCUCCGCCUCCAGCAACAACUAUGCACGCCAGGUGCAGCGCAGGUUUAAGGACACCAUCGUGAAUGCCAAGUACGGUGGGCACAUGGAGGCGGUGCGUCGCCUGCUGGGCCAGCUGCCCAUCAGUGCCCAGUCCUACACCAGCAGCCCUUAUCUGGACCUCUCCCUCUUCAGCUACGACGACAAGUGGGUCUCCGUCAUGGAGCGGCCCAAGACCUGUGGAGAUCACCCCAUCAGGUUCUAUGCGCGUGACUCCGGGAUGCUGAAGUUUAAGAUCCAGGCGGGGCUGCUGGGGAGGCCGGUGAGCCACGCGGUGCGCAGGCUGGUGGCCUUCACCUUCCACCCCUUCGAGCCCUUCGCCAUCUCCGUGCAGAGAACCAACGCCGAGUACGUGGUCAACUUCCACCUGCGCCACGUCUGCACAUGACACAAGACAACACACACACACACACACACACACACACACACACACACACACACACACACACACACACACACUUCAUAAAUACAACAACAACAAAAAUCCUUUUUAAUAUGCACACUACUCUACCACUCAUCAGUCACAUACUGUAAUUCAACAGACACACACACACACACUGCCUUUUUUAUGCUGGAAUCUGCAUAUAGUGACGAGGGAACUCAUGGACACUCAAAUGCAGCCACUGUAAAGACUUUUAUGUGUGGGACCAACUUGUGUGUUUUAAGUGUUGUGUGAGAACAAGCAAGCAAGCGAGUGAGUUUUUUAUGUUAAGAGUUUGACUUCUUUUGAUAUUGUUACUCCUUGUGUGUGUGGUGUUUUUUUUUAAAUCCAGUUUUACUUUACACACCAAAGCCAAACUCCUCACAUGUGAAAAGUAGUUACAAUAAAGAGUACCGUUUUUAAUGCA